AUGUUCGGGGGUGGCGGUGUCCCAGGCAUGAUGGGAACGGGCUUCCCGUACUCGGGGGGUAUGUAUCCUUCUUAUGGAGGUGCCUAUUCUGGAGGUCUUGGAAUGCCGCAGCAGCUUGGAGCGGUUCCACAGCAGGAACAAGGAGGCAAUGCUGUGGCGAAGGUCCCUCCGGAAGAUUUGCAUCCUCAGAUUAACCUCACUACUAUUAUAAGGUUCCUCACUGAGUCGGCAGCUGUGUUCGAAGGCUUGAGGAUGGUGUUGCAAGUUAUAAAAAGCUGGGGAAGCGAAGUGCUGGGUUUUGGCCAAACCGGGCCGCUCUCGGGAGUACGGGGUUCGAUCUUCCGCUUUUUAAGACGCAUUUUGGAGUGGUUCGUGCCACGGCUCAGAGUGGCUCGGGAGAGUCGGGAACUUGAACGUGCAUGGGAGGGCAAAUCGUCAUCAGGGAGUAGCCAGAGCGGUACGUCGUGGCUAGCCUACCUCUUUGGGGGGUAUGUCUUGUUCGCCCUCUAUACGGAGUACAGACAAUACCAGCAAAUAAAAAGAAUCAUCAGGGAAGGGCGUAAGCCUAGGAGGCGGCGGAAAGAGGCUGGUGGAGAGUCCGACGUUGAGGGGCUACUAGAGUUGUACAAACGGAAACAACGGGAGAUGUACAAGAUCAAGCACGGCCAUCGCGAGGAAGGGUAUGGGCUCGAGAGAACUCGUUGA